AUGGUCGUGUUCGACUCGGCAAAGUUUUUGUCGGGGAUGAGAGAUGUAGAUAAGGACUUGCGCGAGAUGGCCUUGUUUGACCUGCAGCAGGCGCUGAGGGAGCCGGGGGGUCACCUGGGUGAGAGCGACGUCGAGCUUGUGGUGGACGCCGUGCUGCGCUGCUUCACCAAGGCCGAGCCAGAAAAGGAGGUACGCAACAAUGCCAUUCAGGUCGCACCACGGCUUUUCCUUGCUUGCGGCGAGCGCCAGCAAAUCCGGUUAUCCUCCUUUUUGUGCACCGCGGCCACCUCGCGUGGAACGGAGUUUUCUGACAGGGGAUCGUUGGAAAUAUUAGAGAGCGCGAUGCUUGCUCUUGGCCUCUGCUGCGAGGCGAUGGCCGAGAAGGCGCAGCUGAGUGUGGAGGUCUGGCAACGUUUACUGCCCGCUGUCCAGCGCAUCAAUACCGCGCUUCUCGCCAGCCUGGGCGACAAAAGCGUGAAGGUCUGUAGGGACGGCAUUUACGGCGCCCUGAAUGCCCUCAUCCCUCCCUUUGCGCGUACGUUCCCGUGCAAGGUGCGUGACGACAUGGCAAAGGUGGCGUUGGGGGACUUUUCUGGCACUGGCUUUGCGUGUCGUCGCGCCGUUGCGUGUCUUUCGCUGCUCUCACCCUUUUUAAGCGAGGACGCAUUCAACGAUGUUCGUAAAACAGCACUUCGCGGGCUUCAGCAGGCUAAACCCAAUGCCAGGUUGCUGUCGCACCUGCAAUUGUACGACGCUUUGGUGAAACAUUCCCCGCUGCGCAUGAUGACAGACGUCUGCGCGGUGACGCGUGCUCUUUUGAAGGAGCUGCGACGACGAACAGACGAGUACACGUCGGAGGACGACGAUGUGUGUGACACCGUGAUGCGUGUCAUGAACUCCAUGGUGUGUCAGUAUCCAACUGAACUCGCCCUCUUGCACGCUGAUGUUUUUGAAUGUUGCACCGCGUUGCUGCGUUUUGACCCCAACUACUGCGCGGACGCAGACGACGGGGCAGAGGCGGAGGCGGAGGCGGAGGAUGCAUACGCGGAUUAUUACUUGGACCUGGAGGAGGUGGACAUGUCAUGGAAAUUGCGCAUGUGGGCCGCCAAGCUUCUUUCCUCCUUAAUACAAGUCUCACCUAGUGCGGCGGUGCUGGUUCAGCGCCUGCGCAAAGCCGAUUUCGCGGCGGUGAGCGACAGGGUGGAGGAGGUGCAGCUGGCCAAUAUCCACCUGGUAAACGCCAUUGCGCAGCAACUGUGCGGCUGUGAGGCAACCCCCAUACUGCUGGAGGUGGUGGAGCCUUUGCUGGAGUGCGUCACCGGGUCCUGUCAGAAGGUGCGUACAACGGCUAUAAAGUCCCUGCAACUCCUGUUUGAGCUGUAUGGAGCCACGCUCAUCCAACGCGGCGAGGCGGUGUCUCGUGUCGUGGCUGACCUUGUCGCCAGCGACACGCAUGACACGAAUCCCCUUCAUUCAGAGGUCAUCGCUCUGUCGCAAUACGUGAUGGACGCCGCCUUGCUGGAGCCGAAGGAGGCCUCCGUGGCGAUUAAGCUUUUUGAUACCGUUUUUCACACUAUUGUCAAAAUUCGGUUUUACGGAGUUAGCGAACGCACGCUUCGCGUGAUGGGGACAAUGACGCGUGUUGCCCUCGCCGCGGAUGCCUCCUGCACCAGGCGUUGCGUGAAGCUGUGCUUUUUCCUGCUUGAGACGAAGUUCACGGACGUGGAGGCAUCCCGAGCCGCCACAGCGGCCAUGGGGCAGUGCCUUUCCAGCCUUCUCGCGACUCUGCCGGAGGACGCCGUGCGUGACUCUUUGCGGCAUUUGAUUUUGCUUUCCGAGACAAACUGGAAUGCGAUGCAGGUGCUAGGCUAUGUGCUUGGCAGUUCCAGCAAAAUUUGCGUGUCAGCCGAACUUUUGGAUCGGGUUGCGACGUCUCUCACAAAGUGCCCUCGCCCACAGCAACACGCGAUCGUUGGUGUUGUGCGAGACGCUCUAAGAAACGGAUCUGAACUCACAAGUGAGGCACUGCGCCUUGUGAUGCAAAUGGUGGAGUCGGAUGCCUUUGCGUGCAGGGAGGUCGUGCUGAUGGAGGCCGUUCUUGAAAUGUUAACGGAGGUUUGCAGAACACACCCGCAGACGAUUGAUCAAAUGUUGGACGUGAUGCUUGCGCUUGUUUGGAGUGCCUUGGAAACGGCGUUGCCCUCCGCUGCUUCCUUGCCCGCCCGGAUUGUGGCGAACGCGGCGGCCUUUUUCCAUGUGAUUUGUUUGGAGCUUCCACAACACCGCUCUGCCCUACUUGAGGCGGUAUUGAAGCGGAUCUUGACGUCCACCUCCCCUGAGAUCCAUAGCGAACUCUUGGGCGGCCUUGUCCUUGACGAUGGAACGAUGCUGGAGAAAAUUUCCUCCUGCUGUGGCCAAAACGAGGACGUGACUUGUCUCUGUGUAGGGACAGCGGGUCGCUCCCGGUCGCUGCCCGAUGCGUGGAAAGCGCGGCUGGUAGAAAAUUUUGCCCGCGCAGCUUCAGAAGCGUCACGCCGUUUGGGGAUGUUGUCGAUCAGCCGGGCCGCUGCCAACCCACAAAAUAUUUCGCUCGUGACGCAAGUCGUUGGGUGUGCGGUGACGGAGGAGAAGGACCGAUCGUUGUACUGGAGUCUACUCAGGGAGAUGACGCGUGCGGCGGCCUCGCAUGCGGCGUCCUCCUUCAGCGAACGUGUAUUCUGUAAAUCUAUCAUGGAACGUCUUCUGGAGAACGUCCUAGAGGAGGACGUGGAGACCACCGCCGCGGUCCUUGGAAGCUUCCUGACGUUUGCUUUGGUGGAUCUCGUCGAUAUUACCCGCCGUUAUUUGAAUAGCGGCUCGGAGUUUGUGACGGCGGCGUGUAUCUCCACCCAGCGCUACGUCUUUACCCACUGCAAAGGCGAAGAGCCCAAUCCUGAGCUGGCAAGCGCCAUAGAGGCGUCGCUCCAACACUUGAGACGCACCUCUGCGCUUCCUGUUCGGCUCUCUGCCUUACAACUUUUUGCCGGCGUGGCAUCCUCCCAGCCCCAGCUUCUACUUACCCCAACCAUGCGGGACAUCGUCUACCCCAACUUGCUUGCUGAACUUGUUGAGGAUGCGAGCCUCGUUUUGAUUAUCAACCUUGGUGGCUAUACGCAUCGAGAAGACAAAGGAAUAGAAGUUCGCCGGCUGGCUUUUGAGAGUAUUGCUAUUCUGCUUCGGGCGACGGAGCGGCAGCGCAGUGGUAAAGUGUUGGAAUUCCUUGGACAUUUUGAGGAGCUUCUCCAAUCUCUAGUUCACGCCUGCGGCCCGCAGGAGAAGGGUGAGGCGGAUGUGGGAUUGAAUAAUCAGGCCAAAACGCUUUUGGUGCAGCUUGUGAAAGCGUACCCCAGUUUACCCUGGAGUGACUCUCUGCUCACCUCCUUGCAUGCCAAAUUGAAGGCCGUGUUGGAAACACCCUGCAAGGGUACUGCGUCGGAUGCUGAGAAGGCGCGAGUAAACAUGAAGUAUGCGUUAAGUUGCGUGAUGCGUCUGACGGAGUUUGUGCCUUUUGCCUACCUGCCACAGUUUCAGCCGCUUCUUCUAAUGGCGCAGAACUCAUCUUUAUUGGCGGAGUCAAUGCGACUCGUGUUGUGA